CAAAGACUGAGAGGGAAUUACAACAGCUACAGAGUAGUAAAACACCAUAUAAAAGGGUCUUUUUACAGUAUAAGCUUGGGCCGCACAGUGAAGCACGGAUCUUUGAGCGAAUAGCCUGCUCUGUAUUGGAGGGCCACUCACACACACACCUUCAGGAUUACCCAAUGACAACACGGACCGGCUUCUAAAUGAGAGCACGUCACACGCCACACAGCCAAACAGCGGAACAGUCGCAUGAAGCUGGAGUUGAGCAAUAGCAACUGCCAGGUCCGGUUUUCCUGAACAUAUGUAAACCUAGGAUUUCGGAUAUCCUUUGUUGAAGAAACAGCAAUGCACAUGUGUGAGCCAAUCACAUGAGGCAUCUAUGUACAGCCACCAAUCAGCAGCUACUGAACCUAUUUAAAUAUGCUUUUCAAUAAAGGAUAUCAAUGUCACGCCGCUCGCCGCUCCACCUCCUUGUGGCCAUUGCCACAGAUGCUGUCAGCUGUCCUGAUGUUGCCAUGGCCGUUGCCAUGGAUGCUGCGGUUCCUUUGUCAUCGACGCACUCCAGGUCUUCCAAUGCAGUUCCAGAUCAGCUGUCUCCUCCUUGGUGUGAAUCUACACCUAUCAUUUAGUGGGUGUCAAAAUAAAACAAAAAAACCCACAAAAAAACAACAUAUCAUGAAUACAGACUCGGAUAUUGAGAUGACAAGAAACUCAACUGAAGCAUUUCAGGAUCACGUUUGUGAGGAUGGCAAGAAAAAAAACAAAGAAAAAAUGAAAAAAGAGAAAACAAAGUCAAUAGGUCCAUUACAAAUUUUUCGAUAUUCUGAUAGAGUUGAUGUUUUAUUUAUGAUUAUUGGAACCAUUGGAGCACUUGGGAAUGGUCUCUGCCUUCCAUUAUCAAAUAUUGUGUUUGGAGAAAUGGCCGACAGUUUUUUGUGCUACAACUCAUCAAUACAAAAUUCAUCUGAAUGCUCAAAGUUUAAACCUUUAGAUGAACAAAUGGUGAUGUUCUCCUUAUAUUAUGUAGGUAUAGCAGCAUUUGUUCUACUUGGUGGUUAUGUGCAAGUUUCAUUUUGGGUGUUGGCUGCUGCCAGACAGACCAGAAAAAUGAGGAAAGCUUUUUUUCAUUCAGUAUUGUCUCAAGACAUGAGCUGGUUUGAUGUCACUAAAUCUGGAGAACUAAAUACCCGUCUUACUGAAGACAUAAAUAAAAUCAAUGACGGAAUUGGAGACAAAGUUGGUCAUCUUUUCCAAAAUAUUUCAACAUGUCUAACAGGUGUAAUCAUUUCUCUAGCGUAUGGGUGGAAGCUCUCAUUAGUUAUGAUGGCUACAAGUCCACUUGUAGCAAUAUCAACAGCAAUAUGCUCUAAGAUGCUUGUCUCAUUGACAAGUAAGGAACUGUCAGCUUAUGCUAAAGCAGGGGCAGUGGCUGAAGAAGUGCUCUCAUCUAUACGCACUGUUGUGGCCUUUGGUGGACAGGAGAAAGAAAUACAAAGAUACACAAACAAUUUAGGAGAGGCCAAAAAAAUUGGUAUAAAGAAAGCUGUUGCUUCUCAGCUAGCGGUUGGCCUCAUGUACUUUAUUAUUUACGAUUCCUAUGGGCUUGGCUUCUGGUAUGGUGCAACUUUAGCUUUAUACGAAAAUGGCUAUACAAUUGGUAAUGUCUUUAUGAUUUUCUUUAAUGUUGUCCUCAGCAGUUAUUGCAUUGGUCAAGCAUCUUCCCACUUUGAAGCAUUUUCUGUUGCUAGGGGUGCUGCUUACAAUAUUUUUAAUGUAAUUGAUCAGAAGUCUACUAUUGAUAGUUUUUCAAGAGAUGGACAUAAGCCAGAUAAUAUAAAGGGAAAUGUGGAAUUUAAAAAUGUCUGUUUUAGUUAUCCUUCAAGACCAAAUGUUCAGGUUUUAAAGGGACUUAACUUAAAAAUUAAAGCAGGACAAACAGUGGCAUUAGUUGGACAAAGUGGAUGUGGAAAAAGCACAACAGUUCAGCUUCUGCAGAGACUGUAUGAUCCAGAAGAGGGAAUGAUUGCUGUAGAUGAUCAGGACAUACGAUCAUUAAAUGUGAGACACUACAGAGAAUUCAUUGGUGUGGUUAGCCAAGAACCUAUCCUAUUUGGGACAACAAUUAGUCAUAACAUAAAGUAUGGUAGAGAUAAUGUGACUGAUGAAGAAAUAGAAAAAGCUGCUAAAGAAGCAAAUGCCUAUGAUUUCAUUAUGACACUGCCUGAUAAAUUUGAAACCCUUGUUGGGGAAAGAGGAGCUCAGCUGAGUGGUGGUCAGAAGCAAAGAAUAGCUAUAGCUAGAGCACUUGUACGAAAUCCUAAAAUCCUUCUACUGGAUGAAGCUACCUCUGCUUUGGAUACUGAGAGUGAAUCUGUUGUACAAGCUGCUUUAGAUAAGGCCAGCAAAGGUCGGACCACAAUUGUCAUUGCUCACCGUCUUAGCACAGUUUGGGCAGCUGAUGUGAUAGUUGUGAUAGAAAAUGGCGCUGUAGCUGAACAAGGAACUCAUGCUGAAUUAAUGGAAAAAAAUGGCAUAUACCACACACUAGCAACAGCUCAGGCUGUACAUAUAUCUGAAGAUAAUGAAGCUUCAGAAUCAGUUGCACAUGGAGUAUGUAGAAGACCAUCAUUAGUAAGGCGUCUGAGUUCAAAAAUAUCUGCUCAAAACUAUGGGUUAUUGGAUGAAGAAGAAAAAGACAAAAAUGAUGAAAUGGAACAGAUUGACCUCCCUAAAGUCUCUUUUGCUAAACUUAUGAAAUUAAACAAAUCUGAAUGGCCAUAUAUUCUCGGUGGAACCCUUGCUGCAGUAAUUAAUGGGGCAGUUCAUCCCUUAUUUUGUAUCAUGUUUGCAAAAAUGUUAGCAAUUUUUGGAACUAAUGAUGAAGUAAAAAUUCGACAUGAAUCAAAUGUCUGUUCCAUAAUUGUUGCACUCAUUGGUGUGGUUUCAUUUUUUACCUAUUUUUUACAGGGAUUUUUGUUUGGAAGGUCUGGAGAAGUGUUAACAAUGAGAUUAAGAAGGAUGGCAUUUGAAGCCAUGCUGCAUCAGGAGAUUGCGUGGUUUGAUGACAAGAGAAAUAAUACCGGAGCUUUAACAACUCGACUUGCCACAGAUGCUUCACAAAUUCAGACAGCAACUGGCUCCAGACUUGGCUUAAUUGCUGAGAAUGUAGCGAGUAUGGGGUUAUCAUUUAUAAUUGCAUUUUUCUUUGGAUGGGAAAUGUCUCUACUCCUUUUGGCUAUGAUUCCUAUUCUUGUUGCCACUGGACUGCUUGAGACAAGGGCAUUAACUGGCUUUGCUAACCGUGAUAAAAAAGUGCUUCAACAGGCUGGAAAGAUUGCAACAGAAGCUGUGGAUAAUAUACGAACUGUUGUAUCACUGACUAGAGAAACAACUUUUGAAUAUAUGUAUUCUGAAAGCCUGCAGAAGCCAUACAGGAAUGCCCAACGCAAAGCACAAAUAUAUGGUAUCUGUUUUGCAUUCAGUCAGUCGUUUAUACACAUUACCCAUGCAGCAUGUUAUCGUUUUGGUGCAUAUAUGAUAGCCAUUGGAAGGAUGACUCCGGAAGAAGUAUUUCUUGUAUUUUCCAUCCUAGCAUAUGGAGCAAUUGCACUUGGACAGACAUUAUCUUUUGCACCAGAUUAUGCCAAAGCUAAAUCAGCUGCUUCCCAUCUGUUUUACCUCUUUGAAAGAGAACCAACUAUUGAUACCUACAGCCAUCAAGGACAAAAACCUGAAACAUUUCAGGGGAAUUUAGAAUUCCAGAAAAUUUCAUUCAAUUAUCCAUCUCGUCCAGAUGUUCCUGUGCUAAAAGAAUUUUCUGUUAAAAUUGGAAGUGGACAAACAGUGGCAUUUGUUGGUAGCAGUGGGUGUGGCAAAAGUACUUCUGUUCAGCUCCUCCAGAGAUUCUAUGAUCCACUUCAGGGGAAAGUGCUAUUUGAUGGUUUGGAUGCCAAAGGUUUAAACAUACAGUGGCUCCGUGCUCAGAUUGGAAUAGUGUCUCAGGAACCUGUGCUGUUUGACUGCAGCAUUGCUGAAAACAUUGCCUAUGGUGACAACUCACGCACUGUUUCUAUGGAUGAAAUAGAAAACGCAGCAAAAGCAGCAAACAUCCAUUCAUUUAUAGAAGGCCUACCUGAGAAAUAUAAGACUCGAGUAGGAGGGAAAGGAACACAGCUUUCUGGGGGACAGAAGCAGAGAAUAUCAAUUGCUAGAGCACUUAUCCGCUCACCAAAAUUGUUACUACUUGAUGAAGCAACUUCAGCAUUAGACAAUGAGAGUGAAAAGAUUGUCCAGCAAGCUCUGGAUGCAGCUAGAGAAGGAAGAACCUGCAUUAUGAUUGCACACAGACUGUCUACAGUGCAGAAUGCCGAUAUCAUUGUUGUCAUGAAGAAUGGAAAGAUAAUAGAAUAUGGAAGCCAUCAACAGCUUCUAGCAAAUCGUGGGGCGUACUUUAAUUUAGUAAAUGCACAAACAAUAACGUAAUGUGAAAACAAAGAUAUAGAAAAUGUGUACAAAGAAACACUGCAGUUAAGCAUGACUUUACAGAACACAAUUGUAGUGUAUCACAGCAGAAUGUUUUACAGAAGAACACAUCUGUUGGGAAACCAUUGUACUGCAUUACAUGGAAGUGUUUAAACCUGAUCUUGAGAGCCACAAACAGGCAAUAAUUUAACAAAGAUGAGACUUUGUAGCACUAUGGAAUUUGUGAAUGCUACAGGACUAUGUAUUAUCUAAUCAUGGUUAUCAAGCCAUCAGGUUCCUGUGUGAAAUAAAUCACAUGCUUUUUUCCCAGGGCUUUUAAAUUUGAAACCACUGCAAUUUGAAACCACAUUAACCCUUUAAUUAUACUCAGCACUCCUAGAGCUAAGGGCUAACCUUGGCACCCCGAUGUUUCGGAACUACAUUUCCAUUAUGCUUAACUAGACUGCAGAGUUCCAAAGCAUUAUGGGAAAUGUAGUUCCAAAACAUCUUGGUUGCAGAGGUUAGACAUCACUGCCUUAGAGCUUGGAAAGGGUCCCAAUGAGUAGACCAAAGUUCUUUUACACUGUGAUGCGUAUGACUAUAGAUUAUUCAAAAUGUUCAAAUUUAGAAAAAAUAUAGAAUACAACUGGGUAGUCUUAGUAUUAGAACAGUCAACCUUUAAAACUUUAAAAUUAAAAUAUAAAUAUUUAUGUGGAGGAAACAAGAUGCAGAUUUUUAAUAUAUUUUAAAUGGGAUGUUUACACUUUUUUUUUACUGAUGGGAGCAAGUUGUAACUUCCAUCAAAAGACAAAAUAAAUCAUCCUAUCAAGCCCACUUCUAAAUAAACAGCAUUUUACUUUA